ACAACUUCAAGUCCAACAACUACCACAGCAGUUCCCACAACAACAACAGCAACUCCCACAACUACAUCGGCUGGUCCAACAAGAACCACAGAGAUCCCAACAACUGCUCCCACAACCACAACUGCAGGUCCAACAACUACCACAGCAGGUCCCACAACGACAACAGCUCUUCAAACCACCACAACUGCAGGUCCAACAACUACCACAGCAGGUCCUACAACAACAACAGCAGCUCAACCAACCACAACUGCAGGUCCAACAACUACCACAGCAGUUCCAACAACUACAACUUUAAGUCAAACAACUACCAGAGCAGGUCCCACAACAACAACAGCAACUCCCACUACUACAUCGUCUGGUCCAACAAGUACCACAGAGAUUCCAACAACCACAACAACUGCUCCCACAACCACAACGGCAGGUCCAAAAACUACCAUAGCAGUUCCAACAACUACAACUUCAAGUCCAACAACUUCCACAGCAGAUCCCACAACGACAACAGCUCUUCAAACCACCACAACUGCAGGUCCAACAACUAAAACAGCAGUUCCAACAACUACAACUUCAAGUCCAACAACUACCACAGCAGUUCCCACAACAACAACAGCAACUCCCACAACUACAUCGGCUGGUCCAACAAGAACCACAGAGAUCCCAACAACUGCUCCCACAACCACAACUGCAGGUCCAACAACUACCACAGCAGUUCCAACAACUACAACUUCAAGUGCAGCAACUACCACAGCAGCUCCCACAACGACAACAGCUCUUCAACCCACCACAACUGCAGGUCCAACAACUACCACAACAGUUCCAACAACUACAACUUCAAGUCCAACAACUACCACAGCAGGUCCCACAACAACAACAGCAACUCCCACAACUACAUCGUCUGGUCCAACAAGUACCACAGAGAUUCCAACAACCACAACAACUGCUCCCACAACCACAACUGCAGGUCCAACAACUACAACUUCAAGUCCAACAACUACCACAGCAGGUCCCACAACAACAACAGCAACUCCAUUAACUACCACAGCAGGUCCAUCAUCUACCACAGCAACUCCCACAACCACAUCGUCUAGUCCAACAACUACCACAGACAGUCCUACAACAACAACAGCAGCAGCUCAACCCACCACAACUACAGGUCCAACAACUACCACAGCAGAUCCAACAACUACAACUUCAAGUCCAACAACUACCACAGCAGGUCCCACAACGACAACAGCUCCUGAAACAACCACAACUGAUGGUCCAACAACUACCACAGCAGGACCCAAAUCCAACAACUACCACAGCAGUUCAAACGACUACGACUUCAGGUCCAUUAACUACCACAGCAGGUCUAUCAUCUACCACAUCAAACCCUGCAACAAAAAGAUCAGUGCCAACAGCUACAACGUCAGGACCAACAACUACUACAUCAGGUCCAAAAAUUCAAACGACUACGACUUCAGGUCCAUUAACUACCACAGCAGGUCUAUCAUCUACCACAUCAAAUCCUGCAACAAAAAGAUCAGUGCCAACAGCUACAACGUCAGGACCAACAACUACUACAUCAGGUCCAAAAAGUACAACAACAGCUGCUCCAACAACCACAUCUUCAGGUUCAACAACUACCACAGCAGGUCUCACAACAACAACAGCAACUUCCACGUCUACAUCUCAAGUCCAACAACUACCACAACAGGUCCCACAACAACAACAGCAACUCCAUUAACUACCACAGCAGGUCGUUCAUCAACCACAGCAACUCCCACAACUACAUCGUCUAGUCCAACAAGUAGCACGGAGAGUCCAACAACCACAACAGCUGCUCUAACAACCACAACUGCUGGUCCAACAACAACCACAGCAGGUCCCACAAAGACAACAACUCUUCAAAUCACCACAACUACAGGUCCAACAACUACCACAGCAGUUCCAACAACUACAACUUCAAGUCCAACAACUACCAUAGCAGGUCCCACAACGAGAGCAACUUCCACAACUAAAUCGUCUGGUCCAACAAGUACCACAGAGAGUACAACAACCACAACAGCAGCUCAACCCACCACAACUGCAAGUCCAACAACUACCACAGCAGCUCCCACGACGACAACAGCUCUUCAAACCACCACAACUGCAGUUCCAACAACUACAACUUCAAGUCCAACAAUUACCACAGCAGGUCCCACAACGACAACAGCUCCUGAAACAACCACAACUGAAGGUCCAACAACUACCACAACAGGGCCCAAACCAACAACAGCAACUCCCACAACUACAUCGUCUGGUCCAACAAGUACCACAGAGAGUACAACAACCACAACAGCAGCUCAACCCACCACAACUGCAAGUCCAACAACUACCACAGCAGUUCCAACGACUACAACUUCAAGUCCAACAACUACCACAACAGGUCCCACAACAACAACAGCAACUCCAUUAACUACCACAGCAGGUCGUUCAUCAACCACAGCAACUCCCACAACUACAUCGUCUAGUCCAACAAGUAGCACGGAGAGUCCAACAACCACAACAGCUGCUCUAACAACCACAACUGCUGGUCCAACAACAACCACAGCAGGUCCCACAAAGACAACAACUCUUCAAAUCACCACAACUACAGGUCCAACAACUACCACAGCAGUUCCAACAACUACAACUUCAAGUCCAACAACUACCAUAGCAGGUCCCACAACGAGAGCAACUUCCACAACUAAAUCGUCUGGUCCAACAAGUACCACAGAGAGUACAACAACCACAACAGCAGCUCAACCCACCACAACUGCAAGUCCAACAACUACCACAGCAGUUCAAACGACUACGACUUCAGGUCCAUUAACUACCACAGCAGGUCUAUCAUCUACCACAUCAAACCCUGCAACAAAAAGAUCAGUGCCAACAGCUACAACGUCAGGACCAACAACUACUACAUCAGGUCCAAAAAGUACAACAACAGCUGCUCCAACAACCACAUCUUCAGGUCCAACAACUACCACAGCAGGUCCCACAACGACAACAGCUCUUCAAACCACCACAACUGCAGGUCCAACAACUACCACAGAGGGUCCUACAACAACAACAGCUGCUCAACCCACCACAACUGAAGGUCCAACAACUUCUACAGCAGGUCCCACAACAACAACAGCAACUCCCGUAACUACAUCGUCUGGUCCAACAAGUACCACGGAAAGUCCAACAACCACAACAGCUGCUCCAACAACCACAACUGAUGGUCCAACAACUACCACAGCAGGUCUCACAACAACAACAGCAACUUCCACGUCUACAUCGUCUGGUUCAACAAGUACCACAGAAAUUCCAACAACCACAACAACUGCUCCCACAACCACAACUGCAGGUCGAACAACUACCACAGAGAUUCCAACAACCACAACAAUUGCUCCCACAACCACAAUUGCAGGUCCAACAACUACCACAGCAGUUCCAACAACUACAACUUCAAGUCCAACAACUACCACAGCAGCUCCCACAACGACAACAGCUCUUCACACCACCACAACUGCAGGUCUAAAAACUACCACAGACGGUCCUACAACAACAACAGCAGCAGCUCAACCCACCACAACUGCAGGUCCAACAACUACCACAGCAGUUCCAACAACUACAACUUCAAGUCCAACAAUUACCACAGCAGGUCCCACAACGACAACAGCUCCUGAAACAACCACAACUGAAGGUCCAACAACUACCACAACAGGGCCCAAACCAACAACAGCAACUCCCACAACUACAUCUUCUGGUCCAACAAGUACCACAGAGAGUACAACAACCACAACACCAGCUCAACCCACCACAACUGCAAGUCCAACAACUACCACAGCAGUUCCAACGACUACAAAUUCAAGUCCAACAACUACCACAACAGGUCCCACAACAACAACAGCAACUCCAUUAACUACCACAGCAGGUCGUUCAUCAACCACAGCAACUCCCACAACUACAUCGUCUAGUCCAACAAGUAGCACGGAGAGUCCAACAACCACAACAGCUGCUCUAACAACCACAACUGCUGGUCCAACAACAACCACAGCAGGUCCCACAAAGACAACAACUCUUCAAAUCACCACAACUACAGGUCCAACAACUACCACAGCAGUUCCAACAACUACAACUUCAAGUCCAACAACUACCAUAGCAGGUCCCACAACGAGAGCAACUUCCACAACUAAAUCGUCUGGUCCAACAAUUACCACGGAGAGUCCAACAACCACAACAGUGCAAACAACAACAACGUCAGGACCAACAACUACUACAGCAGGUCCAAAAAGUGCAACAACAGCUGCUCCAACAACCAUAACUGUAGGUCCAACAACUACAACAGCUGCUCAACCCACCACAACUGCAGGUCCAACAACUACCACAGCAGUUCCAACAACUACAACUUCAAGUCCAACAACUACCACAGCAGGUCCCACAACGAGAACAGCAACUCCAACAACUACAUCGUCUGGUCCAACAAGUACCACAGAAAGUCCAACAACUACCACAGCUGGUCCCACAACAACAACAGCAACUCCCCCUAGUACCACAGAGAUUCCAACAACCACUCCCACAACCACAUCUGCAGGUCCAACAACUACCACAGCAGUUCCAACAACUACAACCUCAAGUCCAACAACUACCACAGCUGGUCCUACAACGAACACAGCUCCUGAAACAACCACAACUGAUGGUCCAACAACUAUCACAGCCGGUCCCACAACAACAACUCAACCCACAACUACAUCGUCUGGUCCAACAAGUACCACGGAGAGCUCAACAACCACAACAGCUGCUCCAACAACCACAACUUCAGGUCCAACAACUACCACAGCAGUUCCAACAACUACAAAAGUUGCUCAACCCACCAAAACUGCAGGUCCAAUAACUACCACAGGAGUUCCAACAACUAUAACUUCAAGUCCAACAACUACCACAGCAGGUCCCACAACGACAACAGCAACUCCCAGAACUACAUCGUCUGGUCCAACAAGUACCACAGAGAUUCCAACAACCAGAACAACUGCUCCCACAACCACAACUGCAGGUCCAACAACUACCACAGCUGUUCAAAUAACUACAACUUCAAGUCCAACAACUACCACAGCUGGUCCCAGAACGAUAACAGCUCCUGAAACAAACACAACUGAAGGUCCAACAACUACCACAGCAGGUCCCACAACAACAAAAGCAACUCCCACAACUACAUCGUCUGGUCCAACAAGUACCACAGAGAUUCCAACAACCACAACAACUGCUCCCACAACCACAACUGCAGGUCCAACAACUACCACAGCUGUUCAAAUAACUACAACUUCAAGUCCAACAACUACCACAGCUGGUCCCAGAACGACAACAGCUCCUGAAACAAACACAACUGAAGGUCCAACAACUACCACAGCAGGUCCCUCAACAACAAAAGCAACCCCCAAAACUACAUCGUCUGGUCCAACAAGUACCACGGAGGGUCCAACAACCUCAACAGCUGCUCCAACAACUACAACAGCUGCUCAAUCCACCAAAACUGCAGGUCCAAUAACUACCACAGCAGUUCCAACAACUACAACUUCAAGUCCAACAUCUCCCACAGCAAGUCCCAGAACAACAACAGCAACUCCUACAACUACAUCGUCUGGUCCAACAAGUACCACGGAAAGUCCAACAACCGCAACAGCUGCUCCAACAACCACAACUGCAGGUCCAACAACUACCACAGCAGUUCCAACAACUACAACUUCAGGUCCAACAACUACUACAUCAGUUUCAACAACUAUUACAGCAGAUCCCGCAACAACAACUUUUGCUCCAGCCACCACAACUGUAGGUCCAACAACUACCAAAGCUGUUCUCUCAAUAAUAACAGCAGGUCAAACAACUACAACGGUAGGUCGUGCAACAACAACAGCUGCUCAAAACACCACAACUGCAGGUCCAACAACUACGACAGAAACUUAUACAACAGCAGUUCCAACAACUACAACAUCAGGUCCCACAACUACAACAGCUGCUCAAACCACGACAACCGCAUUUCAAAAAACAACAUCAAGACGAACAACGUCCACUGCAAGUCCCACAACGACAACUGCUAAUCAAACCACAACAACAACAGCAGGUUCAAAAACCCCAACUGCUGUUCCUACAACCACAGCUACUCCAACCACCUCAAUUGGAAGACCUACAACUUCAACUGUAGGCCCAACAACAACAAUCGCAGGUACCACAAUUACCAUUGCGGGCCCCACAACAACAACAACAACAGUUGGUCUCACAACUACAACAGCAACUAAAGCAACUAAAGAAGUCACAGGCACUCCGACUAGUUCCCCGGAAUCCACAACAGUAUCAACUAACCCUCCAGAAGAAGAUGAAGGCUACCUUCUACUGCAGUUUCGAAUAAUGCGUAAAUGGAUCCCAGCUUACAUCAAUCGUCAGUCUAAAGAAUACAAAGCGAUCAGUUUUAAUAUAACAACAGAGUGCAAUAGAGGAUACCGCCAUUCCUAUCCGAACAUUUUCCUUAGAUCGCAUCUAAGACAUCUGUGGGAAGGCUCUGUGGGGACAGAUCUUGAUCUGAUCUUUGUGAAUCAAUCAGUUGUGCCAAACAUUACUAGUGUAGAAGAAUCUCUGAAAACUGCACUAGAUACAUCGAUUAUAUUCCUGAAUAUAAUUCCAAGCAGUAUCAAAGCAGCCAUGCCAAAUAUGACCGAAGAUACCUCAUCCACAACUGCUGCUGCAACAUCAACAACAGCAACAACAACAAGACCACACAGACCCACCACUGUAGGGUCUUCAACAACAUCAAGAUUAACAACGCCAAAUAAUGCCGCAGCUACAGCCACAAGCACAUCUGCAACCAGCAACCGAGCAGCUAGCAAAAAUAUUGAUCUAUUCGCUAGACUGUUCUUCACCUCACUGCUUCACGCCCUGUUUAACAAUGUAUAAACAAUCAUGGUUUCAUAAUCUUUCAGGGUUUCAAGUUUUCAUAGAGGACUUGUCUAUUAAUGUAAAAAAAAAUAUAUAUGUAAUAUUUACUAAUUAGUAUUUUAUUAAUGAAUUACUUAUGA